AUGCAAACAAAUCUGAUUGUUGCCGUUUUUCUUAUUGUUGUAUCUGUUAGUUGGGUCAGUGCUGAAGCUAUUCAAAAAGGAAAAUUGGCAAAACAUGGACUGAUGAAGGAGAAUAAGCCAAACUGUCUGAUGACAAGAUCCCGAUUGGGCUGCGCUUGCACCACUUGCAAAGAAGUCGUUGGAUUCACCAGAAUGCUGAUUCUCAACCAUGUGCCAGAGGAGACAGAGGUUCUUGAGAAAGUGUGCUAUAGAGUUUUCGGAGAUGACAAGAAGAAAGAGUCAUUCUGUGAGGAAUUGAUUAAGGAAGAGCUGCCCGACAUUAUCAAAUACGUCAGAAAUCAUUUGGAGCCAAAGCAAGCUUGUGCCAAGUUCUGUUAG